CAUUCCGAACGUCAAAGUCAUGGAUCUCGACUGCGAGGAACGACAUGAUGGUCCGUGGGAUACAGCCGUCUCCCUACUCUCCGCUUCCUAUCCCGAUUCAUCGACAUCGGCACUUGACUCAGUUCAGGUGCUCCGAAUAGGUCAUUUGCUCUGCGACUCUUCACUUCUCCCGUCCUUUUUCCACCGCUUGUCCAACCUUCGAGUCCUCGUUGUCGAUUUCUCUAGUGAUGGAUGGGAAGAGUUUUUGGUCCAUGUGCAGACCACACCGCACCUUCCUCUUCUCACGACGCUCGUAUGUCCCGGAAUUUCCUACAGACAGCUAAAUUACCUCGUCGUAGAGAGAACGGCGUCUAGAGUCCCCAUCCAACGCGUAUUCGUCACGAAGGAUACGAGGUUUUCGAGCAGCGUUGUUGGUUCAACUUCAAGGACCGUGGAGGUCUUGGAGGAGCUCCCGUCGUCGGAGGAAGGCCAAAUCGAUGCUUCGCUAGGUGACUUGCUGGAGGCGUAUCUUAGAGUGGAGGAAUAGCGGCGAUCCUUUCGGUUUGCUAUGACGAGCUCGAGCUCCGAGGACUCAUGCUCGUGAAAGGGAAGAUAUAAAGACUGGAUCCAGGAUACUGAGCAGCGCUGCUCUUCCUUUUUUGCCGUCACCGUUAUGAGUGUUUCUAUCUUUCGCGAUGCUCAUGUACAUACUAAACGACGAUUCUCGCUCUGUUUUUGUGUCCCACUUACUACGUAAUUCAUAAAAG